UUUUAUUCACACUCUUUCACAUUUUAUUCACAUCUUUUUACUUAAAUUUAUAGUUGUAAAUUUAUGAGUUAAUGUUGUUAAUGGGAAAUUAUGAAUAUUAAUUACUUUUAAGGGUGGAAUCCACAUGUAGUGUAUGAUUUAUAAUUUAUAUUUUAAAAAAUGAAGACAAAGACUAAAACUGGGAAAAACAGACUUGAUAAAUAUUAUCACUUGGCAAAAGAACACGGAUACAGAUCCCGUUCUGCAUUUAAAAUCAUACAAUUGGCAAAAAAGUUCAAUAUCUUCCAAAAUUGCAAUGUUUUGGUUGAUUUAUGUGCCGCUCCAGGUGGUUGGCUCCAAGUAGCGUCAAAUCAGUUACCAGUUUCUAGCACUAUCAUAGGCGUUGAUCUAGUGCCAAUCAAACCAAUUAAAGGCGUUAUCACAUUCCAAGCUGAUAUCAGGACUCCCAAAUGCCACUCACUCAUCACCAACCAACUCAACGGUUUGAGUGUGGAUGUGGUAUUGCAUGAUGGAUCACCGAACAUGGGUUGUAACUGGAAUUUGGAUGCGUUUAAUCAGAACGUUUUGGUGUUAACAGCGGCCAAGUUGGCCUGUAGUUUACUUAGGAAGGGUGGAAUCUUCGUGACUAAGGUUUUCAGAUCCUCAGACUACAACUCGUUGGUCUGGAUGUUGGGAAACUGUUUUGAAAGAGUAAAAGUGACAAAGCCUCAGAGUAGCAGAAACGUAUCAGCGGAGAUUUUCGCAGUUUGUAUCGGAUUUAAAUCACUUAAACUCAUUGACCCACGGCUUUUUAACGCGGAUUUUGUAUUCCAAAGCUCUAACACGCCGCUGAGUAUUGAAGAUGAUAAAAGCGCUAAAACUAAGAAUCAAGCACCUAAAACACUAAAUCAACUCCUCAAGGAGCAGAAGAAAACGAACCGUGAAGGCUACGAUGGCGCAAUUUACUCUGAAAUUAGCGUCAUCGACUUUCUCAAAUCCAAAGAACCCGCAACCAUUCUCGUCACACACAAUAAACUUCUCUUCACCACUACUCACAAUUGUAUUAACAGUAAUCACAAUAGUGUUAACAGUAGUAUUAACAGUACUACGGGUACUAUUGGAGAUGAUGAUGUGUUAUCUAUGGUGGAGGAGAGUCCGUUGACGACUGAGGAGAUUAAGUUACUUUGCUCAGACCUUAAAGUCGCUGGGAAAUCUGACCUCCAAUCACUGCUCAAAUGGAGAUUUAAACUUAUCAACUCAAUCCCGUCACUAAACAGGAAAUCAAGUGAACAAUCAGAAUCCCUGAAACCCGAGGAUGAGUCAGUAGCAGAGACAAAAUCUACAAGUAAUAAAUCUACGAGUGAUAAAUCUACAAGUAAUAAAUCUACCAGUAGUAAAUCUACGAGUAAUGAAUCAGUGGAGAUUGACCCUGAAGCCGUUGAUUCCUCAGUGCUUUCAUUGGAUAAAAAGUUAAAGAGUAAAAUAAUUCAAGAGAAGAGACGUCUGGAGCGGAAACAGAGAAAAAUGCUAAAGAAGUUAAAGCCCGGCACUAGCUCAACAUUCGUAGGACCAGAUCCUGACUUAUUCAGCCUUGAAUCAUUAAAUUUAGAAUCUCUCACUGAAUUAUCCCAGUCACACUCAAAUGUUGAAUCUCCCGCACACAGUGACCGGGGAUCGGAUCUACAGAGUGAUCUUCAAUCGGAUGUACAGAGUGACAUAGGAUCGGAUGUACAGAGUGACAUAGGAUCGGAUGUACAGAGUGACAUAGGAUCGGAUGUACAGAGUGACAUAGGAUCGGAUGCACAGAGUGACACUGAACCGUCAGAUGAACCAUCAGAUGAAUUGGAUGAUUUGGAAGAUGAGAUGAGUAGAUUGAUGAAAAUGGAAGUUGAUUUGGAGGUGAGGCAUUCACUUGACAAGUUGAAUGCUCAGGAGAACCCGAAACACGUAAAACUAUCAAAGAAGCAAAAACAUAAAUUAGAACAAUCAAAUGAACUAAAACAGUUCAUUAAUAAAUUACAAUACGAAGCUGAAGUUACGCAUACUAAUGAACAAUUUACAGAUUCCACACAGUCCGAUGAGGAAUCUGAUGCAGAUUUCGACAACUCUGAACCUUUAGAUGGAGAUUUCGACAACUCUGAAGCUUUAGAUGAUUUAGUCACAAAACGAUGGUUUGAUAAUGAUAUUUUCACUCUCCAAACAAACAAUCAGGGAAAAUACGGGAAACCACCCAAACAGGACCGAGUUGAAAAUUCUGACAAACCAAAACUAUCCAAUCCGUCUGAGGAGAGACUAAAACUAUCCAAUCCGUCUGAGGAGAAUGUGGAGAUGAGAGUAGUGCCUGCGAUAUCAAAUUCUGAGCGGGAGGAGCUACUGGGUGAUCCGGAGAAGUUAGCAGAGUUCCAGGCGUUGGGUUCACUGAUGAUAAAUAAGAAGACGAGGAUGGCGCUGAUUGACGGCGCGUAUAAUAAAAGAACGUUUACUGACGAGGAUUUGCCAAGUUGGUUUGUGGAGGAUGAAAAUAAGCACAAUAAGCCUCAGUACCCAGUGACAAAGGAGCUGGUGAAAAAAUACAAACAGAAGCUUUUAGAGCUGAAAAAUCGGCCCAUAAAGAAGGUUCUGGAAGCGAAACAUAGAAAAGCUCAAAGGGCCAAGAAGCGACUCAGGAGCAUUUUACCUAAAAUUGAAGCCAUCUCAAAUGACCGCGAGAGCACUGAGAAUCCUAAAAAACUACUCAGGGGACUUAAGAAAAUACAAUCCACAAGGCGUCAAAAGGUCUAUGUCAUUUCCAGAAGAGCAAAUGUCGGUAAACUCAGUAAACAGAGCAAAUCCGGCAAAUCCUCAGGCAAAGGCGCCAGGAAGGUUUUAAAACACGUUGAUCGCAGAAUGAAACAAGAUAACAGAAGAGCCAAAAUCAAACCCAAACGCAAAUCCAGAAAAAUACGCCCUCACUAAUCUCACUACUACACAUUUCACC